UAAUUGCUUAUAAAUAGUGUCGAGGAGUUGCGUAGUUUAUAUGUUGCAGGGUUAGGGUUUAUAGUUUUGAAGAAUAGUAUUCAAGAAUCAAAGUUGAAUUGAAUGAUGGCAUCAACAAAGAAGAUCAACCUCAAGAGUUGUGAUGGUGAUAUCUUUGAAAUCGACGAAGCGGUGGCGUUGGAAUCACAAACGAUAAAGCAUAUGAUUGAAGAUAAUUGCGCUGAUGCUACCGGAAUCCCUCUUCCAAAUGUAACCAGCAAGACUUUAGCAAAGGUCAUCGAGUACUGCAAGAAGCAUGUUGAGGCUGCAAAUUCUCAAGAAAAGCGUGUUGUUGAGGCUGCAAAUUCUCAAGAAAAGCGUGCUGUUGAGGCUGGAAAUUCUCAAGAAAAGCAUGCUGUUGAGGCUGGAAAUUCUCAAGAAAAGCAUGUUGUUGAGGAUAAUCUCAAGAAUUGGGAUGCGGAAUUCGUGAAGGUUAAUCAAGUGACACUGUUUGAACUCAUAUUGGCUGCAAACUAUUUGGACAUCAAGAGUCUGUUAGAUCUUACAAGCAAGGCUAUUGCGGCCAUGAUGGUUGGUAAGACACCCGAGGAAAUUCGCAAGAUGUUCAACAUUGCCAAUGAUUUCACUGAAGAAGAAGAGGAGGAACUUCGUGAGGAAAAUAAAUGGGCUUUUGAAUGAUUACACAAAAUGUCUUAAUUGCAUUUACAUACUUAGUUUUAACAUUUAGUUAGACAUAGAGUCAUAAGUUUAGAACUGCAGUAUGUAGAUUUAUACAUAUUCGAUGCUGUGUUGAUUGUUUUCUGCAUUCCUUCUGUUUGGAAUUUAUAUUGAAACAGUUUGUGUAUCUUUUCUUAUAAUUCUAUCAUUCUGAUCUCUUUCA